AUGACCGAUUCAGACUCCUCGACGCCGAGUAGCUUGUCCAUCAGCAGUCUGGAAAGCGAGGAUGACGACCCUGAAACACCAGAUGAGUCGCAACACGGCUCGAAAAGAGGCAUACCAUCUCGCAGACGUUCUGUUGAGCUGAUCAAUGGCCAGCUGACAGUCUGGCAGCGAUCGAUAUCUGCCUGCAUGGUAGACCCAUUUGGUCAACUUGCGAUUGAGAUUGAUGGCGUGACCAAUCAACUCCUUUACUUCUACGGGCAAGACGCGUAUUGGCAAACUGCGUACGCAUUGUCGAACAGCAUCAAACCAAGCAUCAAAGGGUCUUGGGAAUAUCAGACCAGUCUAUCGCGAACCCAUUUCCACAUCCUCAUGGCCCGAUCAGCCUUGCAUCAGCUCCGUCUGAACAAGUAUAUUUCAGCGGGAAAGCAGAAAGACCUCGAAGUUGCCGCAUUGAAGCACCAAGGUAAUGCCAUCGCAGUCCUGAGAAAGCAAGUGGCACGAGGGCCGCAAGCCGAUAAAAAGGAAAUCCUCACUUCAACAAUCAGUCUUGCCACGUUUGAGCAGAGGUAUGGUGAUCCAGAAAAGUCAUACUUACACUUCAAGGUGGCGAGGGAUAUAAUCAGACAACUCGGAUUUCGGGGAGGCCUCCAUGACCGCCUCCGUGAAGAGCAGGCGUUAUGGUUCGAGGGUAUCUAUCAAGACCCAAAAGCAUCAUUCGUCUGGAGCCCCGAAGAUGCCACCACUCGCUUCAAGUGGUUGAAGACUUUGCUGGCCGAGGUCGAUCAAAUAUGGCGCGACCGCAUCCUGCUUCCACCAAAGCACAGAACCUCCUUUUUGGGGGAGAAUAAGAGAUUGCAGGAGUUUCUCCUGCGCAAGACGACAGGCAAAUUGAUCAGCAUUUAUGGUGACAUUGACGAAAAUGUGGCACAGCAGAGAUGUCUGCUUAUCUUGGUGUGCAUCAUAGUAGGUCUGCACGCACAGCUGGAAGCAAAGUCCAUUCUGAGACAAAAUCCCAAGGCGCUGGCAGUCUUUGACGCCAUAAGUGCCUACGUUACCGGCCUUGAGGAAAGACUCAUUGACCUUGAUCUCGGGAGCGAACACUCGGCCGCAGAUUUGCUCUGGAUCAUGUUGGAGAACUAUCGGGACUUCAAGCCUCAUAGUGCAAAUCCAGCGGCAGUUGAAGCACUUGACAAUCUCGACCUUGCCAACUGUCACUGGCGAGCUUCUGCGGUCGCAAAUGUGCUGAAGUACUUGCCUAAAGAGCGACAAGUUGAAUUGAGAGAGUGGCUGUCUGGUUUUGUUCAGAGUACCAGAUAUCCCGGGAAAGCGGCUGCAUUGAACCAAUUUGCAUUUAGCUAUGCAGGUGUGGGAGUCAAGUGUUGA